ACCGUCUUUGCCAUCUGCAAGGAACACGACGAGCUUGAGACUAGGAUGAAGAGGGAGCAUCGAAGAGAGCUCGUGGAUUGGACAAGAAAGUUACACGGAGAUUAUCAUUCCAAUGCUGCCAUCUCUGGCAUCUUGCCUUUCCUGGAAUACCUUGUAGGCAGCGACGAAUACGAAGUGGGAGACGAAGACGGGAAGGAGCGGGGCGAUGAAAGAGAAGGAGGGAAAGGAAAAGAGACGACAUAUAUAUACUCGCAGGCAUUUUUGGAAGGCAAGAUCUUCUGGCGUACCGUGAAGGAUGAAGAGGGCUGGGCGGCUGACGGCAAUACUUCUUCAUAUGAUGAAGAGUGCUAUGAUGAAGAGUGCUAUGAUGAAGAGUGUUGGGCAGCUGACGGCAAUACUUUUUCAUAUGAUGAAGAGUGCUAUGAUGAAGGGUGUUGGGCAGCUGACGGCAAUACCUUCUCAUAUAAUGAAGAGGAUACAUGGGAGGUUUCUUGGUGAACACGGAAGGUGGUAUGCAAUUGGCUCCGCUGAUAAGAUCAAAGCUCCUGUAUAGAAGGCAUAUAUAUACACCUCA